AAAUGAUUACUAAUAAAAGAAUAAUUAACCGAAUGCUCACUACUUAACUAGUUAUAUGUGUUUGAAGUUAAUUUUUUUUUAUUGGCACAAAAUGGAGCCAAGAGAUGGCUUUGGCGUCUACUUCUUCAUUCAAUCAGUUCAAAGUUCAAACAGAAGGAAGGGACUUUUAUCGUUGGAUAUUUUAAUAUGGUAAACCUUUUGGUGUUUCAUAUCAACCUAUUGCACCCACGGCAUCCCUAGAAUAGUCCCUCUCCUACUAGAGUUCUUGACUGCGCUUGUACAAAUAUAAAAAUUUGAGAAAAACAAAGCUGCACAUUACUGCAAUGAGCAUGGUGAUAAAAAAUACUGAUUCUGAUGUUGACAUCUUCCGUGAUACCCCUGUAAGAUAUUUAGGUUAUACUAAUGAGGUUGGAGAGGCAUUUAGAAGCAUCGUUCCUAAAUCUGUUGUAUGGAUAAGUUAUAUAAUAGCUAGUAGCUAUGUCGUUGCUGAUGCCAUUCAUAAGGGUAAAAAAGAAUACACUAAGAUUGGUGAUGAAAAUAAGAAUAAACGUGUUUUUCUUUCAACUUCUGACACUUUAAUAUGGCAAAGUUUUGCAUCAGUUAUUAUUCCUGGUUUGGUAAUCAACCGGAUUUGUGCAAGUGUCAAUUUUCUUCGGAAACAAGUACCACAUGGUGCCAUGAGAAGUCCAUGGAUUUCGACAGUGAUUGGACUUGCUUCUAUCCCUUUAAUUAUUCAUCCAAUAGAUAGUGGGGUUGAUAAUGUUAUGGAUAAAACUUAUAGACAAUGGACUGGUUAUCAUCCGAAUAAACAAGAUAUAGACAAGUAGUUGAAUUAUUAAAACAAGUGCUUGAAAAUCUAUUGACAAGUGUAGAUAAUUGUAAAUAGUAACAUUGAUUCCCAUGUUGAAAGUAUUUGAACAUAAACGGUAUUUCACUCAAGUAUUAUAUUCAAUAAAAUUUGAUACAUAAA